GGGACAAACUAUACAAAGUUUAAAGGGACCGGCGACUCAUUCCUUUUUAGCAGGCGGAGCAGAACCGAAAGACUGAAAAACAUGGAGGGAAAUCUGCUGUGCUGGGAGCCCGAGACAGAGCUGAGGGCCCAGUCCGACCCGGUGUUGCUGCAGAGCCGAGUGCUGAUGAAGCUGCUGGAAUUAGAGGAGAGAUACAUCCCGUCUGCUUCUUACUUCUACUGUGUCCAGACUCACCUGCAGCCCUACAUGCGGCGCAUGCUCACUAGCUGGAUGCUCGAGGUGUGUGAAGACCAGAAGUGCGGAGAAGACGUGUUCCCUCUGGCUGUCAACUGUCUGGACAGGUUCUUGUCCCUGGUGCCAGUAGAGAAGAGACGACUGCAGCUUCUGGGCUCAACGUGCCUCUUUCUUGCCUCCAAACUGAGGGAAACCACCCCCAUGACUGCCGAGAGCCUGUGCAUGUACUCCGACUACUGUUUCACUGACAAAGAACUGCUGGCAAUGGAGCUGCUGGUGCUGAACAAGCUGAAGUGGGACAUAGAAGCGGUGACCCCCCGGGAGUUCCUGCCGCACUUUUUGGAACUGUUGGGUCUCCCUACGGAGAAGAGACGUCAGGUCAGGAAGCACUCGGAGACCUUCAUUGCUCUGUGCACCACCGACUGUACAUUUAUUGCACUCCCCCCUUCCAUGGUGGCUGCAGCCAGUGUAGUCGCAGCAGUGACCGGCCUCCAGCUUCAAAGUCCAGGAAUGAGCAACUCCAGCGUGGCUACCAUAACCUACCUUGCACAUGCCAUCCGCUGUGACCCGAGUCUUCUCAGAACUUGUCAGGAGCAGAUUGAAAUGUCACUUGAGUCCAGUCUGCAGCAGGCGCAGAGGAACAGGAUCUCCGAGUCCAAAUCUGUGGAUGAGCCAGAGAGAUCCAGCACCCCGACUGAUGUCCUGGACAUUGACUUGUAACGGCUACUCUCCCCAGUCUGUCCAUAGCCAUUCCUGACGGCUUCCUUACCCGCCAUGCAAUCUUCAGCGGGCAAUGUGGCCUUCUCAAUAGGAACCUUCUGUGCCGAGGCCAUGGUGCUACCCCAGAAUAUGUGCCGCUGAGCAGGGUACAAAGCACUUCUCUCUCACGCCCCCUAGUGGCCAGACAAAAGUUCAACCAUAGUUCCUGAUACGGAGCGUGUAUAGAGCCAGCAAUGACGACCAACAGAGAUAAACCAGUUCAUUAUUGUUAAUUUAUUUCAUCCUGUUUAUUUAUAUUAUUAUUAUUAUUUCCAUUAAUUUAAUUUGUAUUAUUAUUAUUGUUAUUAUUAUUAUUUCUGCCAUUUUUUUCCUUAUUGUGGUUAAUAUUAUUUAAAUUGUAAUUGCACUGCCUGGGAAGACAAUUCCUUUGCUUUCAGGGAAUAUGAAUAUUUGCAAACAAUACAGCGUUAGUGAAUCUGAUGCUACAUAUAAACAUAGGUUGAUCUAUAAAUGUGCAACCUUAAAGAAAAAAAAUACAAAAAACGGUGCAACAUGGGGUUGUGAUUAGACCAGCAAAUUACAGCUUUACAGGAUUCAGGUUUGAUUGCUGAGCUAGGGCACAGUAUUGCAGGGACAUUAGUAUUUAGCAAGUACCCAGAAUUCAACUGGAGCAGCCGUUAAUUGUGCAGGAAAAGCUGUGCCCCCUGCUGGCCGUCCCCAGGGAGCCCUAUUGUUUCACUUCAUUUAGAAAGAUCUGCCAAUAAGGUUUUUUGUUUUUCCAGCCUGCUUUCUGAUUGUUCCCCCAUCCCUAAUGCAGGUGCAAUACGCAGGAAGGUUUUUGUUUUGGAUUUAUUGUAAGGCAUCGUUUAUUUGACUUUGUUUUAGGGAUGCACCGAAUCCAAUAUUCUGGAUUCGGCCGAACUCCUGAAUCCUUCACGAAAGAUUCGGACGAAUACCGAACCGAAUCCUAAUUUCCAUAUGCAAAUUAGGAAUGGGAAAACAUUUUUUACUUCCUUGUUACUUCCCUCCCUGCCCCUAAUUUGCAUAUGCAAAUUCGGAUUCGAAUCCUGGAUUCGGUGCAUCCCUACUUUGUUUUGCUCUGGUUGGUAGUUGACGCAUUCGUUCUUAUGUAAUGAUGAAAAAGACCCUAUUUUUGCACUUUAUAAAGAAAAUGUCUUAGUCUCUAUUUUAUUCAGGUGUGUGUGUGAGUCUAAUAAAUAAAUGCUGAAUGCAAA